CCUAACUCUCAAGAAUACACAACCUUAACCCCUACACCACAAACUCCACAUAAAUAAUUGUCGUUUGUAACAUCAUCGUCAUCACAAAAGGAAAGCAGCAGCAAAUUAGUCAUCCCCUGCGACCUCUCUUCGCCCAGCAACCAGCUUCGUUCCCGACCAUCUUCUUCUCGCCAUAAAAAAUGCAGAUCUUUGUGAAAACCUUGACCGGAAAGACAAUCACUCUUGAAGUUGAGAGUAGUGACACCAUUGACAAUGUCAAGGCCAAGAUUCAGGACAAAGAAGGCAUCCCUCCUGAUCAGCAAAGACUAAUAUUUGCUGGCAAGCAGUUGGAAGAUGGCAGGACUCUGGCUGAUUACAACAUCCAGAAAGAAUCAACACUUCACCUGGUUUUGAGGCUUAGAGGAGGGACCAUGAUCAAGGUGAAGACUCUCACUGGAAAGGAGAUUGAGAUUGACAUUGAACCUAAUGACACCAUUGAACGGAUCAAGGAGCGUGUCGAAGAGAAAGAGGGCAUCCCUCCUGUGCAACAAAGGCUCAUAUAUGCUGGCAAGCAGCUUGCAGAUGACAAGACAGCAAAGGAUUACAACAUAGAGGGUGGUUCAGUUCUUCAUCUUGUCCUUGCACUGAGGGGCGGCUUUUUCCUUUAGAUAUUGAGCUUAUGUUAGCAUGCAAGGGUUUGCAGUAAAAAGAAUAUAGUUUAAAAUUAUUUUGGAUAACAUGGCACUUGUGGUUAAAUGCUUACUAUGCAUACCCUCAAUCUAUUUGGCAUUUGCCUAUGCUUAAUUUAUGUCAUUUGACCAAGCAAUUACAAUAUUCUUCUCCGAUGCUUGUGCAAUGCACUAUCAAUUUACCUUGCUUCUAUUACGAGUGAUUGCCAUGUUUGAGUUUAUUUUUGGACCUUGUCAUAUCUACCUGAAUAAUUGAACUGAGUGAGUUUGCCUAUACUUAUACUCUUUAUUUUUUGAGCAAAAUUAUAUUGGAUGAAUCCA